CUCGUGUUCUCGUGGUUGUUUUGGUCGCCGGUUUUUUCGGUGAAAAACUCUCCUAAUCGCUGUAAAAAGGGGGAAAUUCUUCAUAUUUCUGAUCUGUUCCAUGCACUAGAACAACAAACUGCACUCUGAUCGUGGUUCCCGUUGGAAUGACGAGGUUAAAACCACGAAAAAGGAUUCUAAUUCUUUUUGCAACGCUCCGGAAACCAAUCAACCCACUCACAAUCAACGGCAGAGAGUACGGAAAUCUGCGGCCGAGACGCCCGUGUCUCUUGAAGAAGAUUCUUGAAAACUUUUUUCGUGAAUGUUCACUAACUUACAAGCGAUAAUAAAGCGUGAGACUACAAGUCCAAUCGAGAUGGAUUUAAUGCCCCCUCUAAUGCAGCCCAAUUCAUUUAAUGAGGGUGAUCGUCAGCACACUGAAGAUUCAAGCGAACAAAAGAUGAACAAUACAACACCGGUCAGUCUCAACAAUCAGCAGUCAAGCGGUGCACCUCUCCAACAGACCAGCAAUCAAAAGAUAGAUACAGUCGAUACGAUUAGCGCCGGCGACAGCAAUUCAUCGCUGGAUUGCCAUGGUGAAGGUAUCGGAAACAAGUUUAAGAAAGUCGUAUUCUGCAAAAAACCCACAGCAGAAGAGCGUAAAAAAACAGAAAAAGAACGCAAAGCUCGACAAAUGCGACGCCUGCGAAAAUGGCUCACUCCAAAAAAUGCAGUUGUAGCAUUACACGAACUACAUGGCCCAGGAAUGUCGGAGUUCACCAUUAAAACCACUGGUCAAGAAACAAAGGCAGAAAUAAUUAUCAACAACAUUAAGUAUGAGGCCACGGCACCGAACAAAACACUCGCAAAAGCUAAAGUGUCUGAGCAAGCACUACGAGACAUGGCGAUAGCCGAAAUGGCAAAGGCCCAACACACGGAAACUAGCACUGGUGAGACAGCUAUGGACUGCGAAUCGAUUGAAUAUCUGGCGGACAAUGUGCCUAUGAUGCACCUUGCUUCCUUUGCCCUCUACAAAUUGUUUUCCGAAUGGCAAAAUGAAGGAUUCGAUGUCCCUGCUAUCAAAACACCAAAGCCGAAAGCUUCCACAUCGACUGAGAUUGUGCCAAACUCGCUGGCCCCCAAAAUACCUAAAACUAUUGCGGAUCUGCCUCCCGACGCUGCUCAACGCCAUCCAACAGCCUUGCUUGCCUAUAUGCGACCGCAAAUCCCGUACGAAGAUCGAGGAUUUCUUGGAAACGAUACAGAGAGUAAAAUCUUUGUUGCAAGUAUAACAGUGGAUGGCACCGUCUUCGAAGGUCAGGGUAGGUCUAAAAAAUUAGCCAGGAAAGCGGCUGCGUCUCGCGCUUGUAGCGAACUGUUCGGAGUUGUAUUUGACGCAGGUGUUCUAGAUUAAUUUGUAUGUAUGACUAGGACAAAGUUUGUCCAGAAACCCUGUAAUGCAGGAUUGCUGUAAUGAACUUAUUAUUUGAAUAUUACCCAUUCAAAACAUAACUGUUUUGUGUGAAAUUAAUAUUUAUUGAUUUCAAAGACAAUUUUGUUUUAAAAUAAUCAAAAUUUCAGAAUUCACAUCAGCUCGAUGUGGCCUUGACUACACUCCUUCCAGUUAGUAUAGGACCACCUGUGAUUUUCCUAGUUUCUCACUACUGAUAACAGUAAUAAUUUCAACCCGUAUCAUUAUUGAUUGGUAUUGGUGAGAUAUGUUUACAGUGUGAGUUUCGUAUUUUUACGUGCAUAUGCAUCAGCUCAUGCUGGCUUUCACGUCGUUCAAAAUGAAGUGCAAAGAUUGUAUUAAGGUUCUCGAAGACUGUUCAGUCCCAUUUUUGAUCACCAACCGGUCGAAAGAAAUAUAUUUCAACCGAAUAGUGCCGCCAUUCACCCGCGACACAGAGGAUCUUUAAACUGAUUUGCUCGAUUGGUCUGCUCGUUCUUUAGAUUUAAAUCAAGUUUAAAAUCAUCUGGGGAAUCCUUGUAGAUAAGAUUUACGCUAAGGGAAGCAGUUUUCCUCAGUUGAUGAGCUCAAAAGUGCAAUUAUUAAGGCAAGAGAAGACUUAAAGCAGGAGGCACUGAAAGAAAGGCUGAAAAGUAGGCCAAAUCGCAUUCUCCUGGUUGCAAAUCGCAGCGGGAAAGUAACUCUUCAUUAAUUGUAUUAUUUGCAAACUGCGGCUAUUUUUUACAAUCAAAAAUAGAAUUGGUUUUGAAGAAAAAUUGAAAUGGUCUUAUACUAACUUGACAGGUCGAAAACACCAAAUGCGUUUAUCUGUGUGGUAUAUGCACGUAAAAAUACGAAACUCACACUGUAAACAUAUCUCACCAAUACCAAUCAAUAAUGAUACGGGUUGAAAUUAUUACUGUUAUCAGUAGUGAGAAACUACGAAAAUCACAGGUGGUCCUAUACUAACUGGAAGGAGUGUACUGUCUUCAAACGGUCGAAAAAACGAGUUUAAUUUUUUCAGCACACUAGUAUUGGCAUUUUUUUGUAGUCCUCAGUUGGCUCUCCAGUUCGGACCAGAUGAAAUAAUCCAUCGGAUUUGCGUCUGGCGAAUUCGGAAUCCUUUGUGUAGAUGAAAUGACGAGUGCAACAUGUUUUUUUUAACCAUUCUUGGUUUACACGAGCGUUCACAGGAUGGUGCCAAGUCUUGUUGGAAUGUCCAUGGUCUGCGACUGAAAUGUCCAGAGUCCAGAGCGCAGUUCGGAGUAAUUUGCCGAGCUUAGAUUUAUCAGUUUCCUUUUUAUUCACUCUUUUUUCAUUUUUAGUUCUAACUCAAACACUUUUUAUACCCUUCCCUUGUCUACAAUACUCCAUCACUCAAUGACGCAGCUAUUAGCAUUGAUGAAGAAUGUAACAUAGUUUCUCCUCGCUAGACAAUCUCAGUCUUGUUGAUUUGCUGCUCUUUCAUGAUUCCAACCAUCAUUUUUCAUUUAAUAAAAUAUCAAUAAGAUUUUCUAUAUUUAAGAUCCACACAGAAAACUGAUGGAAAGAGAACAACACCAAUAUCUUUAAUUCAAAACAGAAAAUUAGGGCUGUCCUCUUUCUAAACAGCAAACCCAUAAAAGUACGCAUACUUUAGUUACCUUACGAAAUUCGGAUAUUUGAGUUGAAGUUGUAAUUGUCAUUGAGUUAAACAGACAAUUAGAAAACAUCGCUAAGAAUCAUUUACGAGGGAUAUCUCUUUGAAACAUUACUAAUGCAUGAAAACCUACCUGAUUGCAUUGAAAUCGAAGAUAUGUUUAACUAGUUUCGAACCGAUAUUAUAUUCUUGGCAACAAAAAAUUGGAAACGAUGGUGAAAUGUAACCAGCAAGAGUAAAAUAUAUAAAAAUGAAACAUCAA